CUGGCAGCCUGCAAAGGGGAAGCGGGCUGCCGCUCGGUGCAGGUUUUGCAGAGGUCUCUGUCUAGUGGGUGUUUUCUUUUGCUUAGCCCUGCCCCUGGAUUGUCAGACGGCGGGCGUCUGCCUCUGAAGUUAGCCGUGAUUUCCUCUAGAGCCUGGCCUUAUCUCCGGCUGCACGUUGCCUGUGGGUGACUAAUCACACAAUAACAUUGUCUAGGGCUGGAAUAAAGUCGGAGCUGUUUACCCCCACUCUAUAGGGGUUCAAUAUAAAAAGCCGUCCGAGAGCCGUCCGAGCCAGACGCGUUCCUGCACCGGCUCUGAGAGCCCGACCUGGUCUGCGCUGCCUUCCUCGCGCACCGCCUCCCGGGCUGCCCGCGACGCUUUUGCUCCGGUGAAAGGGCCACUAGCAGAGGACAGCGCCGAGAUCUCAAUUAGCAGAGGCGAUCGGAGCGACCAGACGCCAUCCUCUUCGAUUUGCAUUGAGUUCCAUUUGCAAUCGAGUUUUCUUUUUUCUUCUCUUAUUUUUUUGAUCCCUUUGCAGAAUGGAUUAUUUUCCCGUGAUCUUCUCUCUGCUGUUUGUGGCUUUCCAAGGAGCUCCAGAAACAGCCGUCUUGGGAGCAGAACUCAGCACCCGGGCUGAGAAUGGAGGGUACAGCCCUACUCCUAGCACAUCCUGGAGACCCCGUAGGUCCAAGCGUUGUUCCUGUUCCUCCUUGAUGGACAAGGAGUGUGUCUACUUCUGCCACUUGGACAUCAUCUGGGUCAACACUCCCGAGCGUGUUGUUCCAUAUGGACUGGGAAGCCCUUCCAGGUCCAAGCGUUCCCUGAAGGACUUACUUUCUCCAAAGACCACAGACCACGGGAAUAGGUGUCAGUGUGCUCAGCAAAAAGACAGGAAGUGCUGGAAUUUCUGCCAAGGAGGAAAAGAACUCAGAGCCCAAAACACCAUGCAGAAAGGCUUAGAAGACUUCAAGAAAAGAAAAGCCUGUUCCAAGCUGGGCAAGAAGUGUAUCAACCAGCAACUGGUAGAAGAAAGAAAAAUAAGAAGGUUGGAGGCCAUCACCAAUAGCAUCAAGACAUCUUUUCGUGUUGCAAAGUUGAAAGCUGAUCUCUAUAGAGACCAGAAGUUGACACACAACCGAGCACACUGACUACCGAGCUUCCCUGUGUUUUGGAAGCCGUCAAGUCCAUAGAGCAAGCCCAUGGCCAACUCUGCACUCUCCAUGCUGGCUGGGUUCUCAAAAAGAACAUCCAUCCCACUUCUACAGUUUCUAGUUUCAGACUGGCAAGGGACCAGUAUCUCUGUUCCAAACAUUCCAAGAGAGGUUGAGAUGUUCCCCAACCUGUCUUCAUUUGCUUCUGCUGGUAGUGACUGCUUUUCGCCCCUUCUCGCUGUUUGGGAAUGCCAGCGGACCUCUCAGAGAGCAGAGACAUGAUGACAUUCUAGGGUGGCAUCGUCCAGAGAGGAAGGAGAUUCCACACCAGGGUGGAGUUUCUGAAGAAAGUCCUUAGGGGGUGUUUGUGUCUGACUCAGGCGCCUGGCACAUUUCAGGGAGAAACUCCAAAGUCCAUGCAAAAAUUUUCUGAGGAAUGUACAAAUUGAAAACAUACUCAAAGGACAAACACUUGAGUUUUUAAAAAAAAAAAAAAAGAAAAAAAGGACAAAGAUUUUU